CCUCUCCUCCAAUCAUCGUCAUCCGCACCAAGCCAACUGCUCGUUCUUUGCCAUUUCGUUCCGAGCCCAAAUCACAAUCUUCUCGGUGAAGAGGAAUGGCGACCACCGUGAUCCAACAGUCUGCAUUCGCCGGCCAGACCGCCUUGAAGCAGUCCAAUGAGCUCGUCCGCAAGGUCGGCAACUUCGCCGGCGGCCGCGCCACCAUGCGCCGCACCGUCAGGACUGCUCCUCAGAGCAUUUGGUACGGACCGGACCGCCCGAAAUACUUGGGCCCUUUCUCGGAGCAGACUCCAUCCUACUUGACUGGUGAGUUCCCUGGUGACUAUGGCUGGGACACUGCUGGUUUAUCUGCGGACCCCGAGACGUUCGCCAAGAACCGGGAGCUCGAGGUCAUCCACUGCAGGUGGGCCAUGCUCGGAGCUCUCGGGUGCGUCUUCCCCGAGGUCCUCGCGAAGAAUGGCGUCAAGUUCGGCGAGGCCAUCUGGUUCAAGGCUGGAGCGCAGAUCUUCUCAGAGGGCGGUCUUGACUACUUGGGCAACCCCAACCUCAUCCAUGCACAGAGCAUCCUCGCCAUCUGGGCCUGCCAGGUUGUACUCAUGGGAUUAAUUGAAGGAUACCGGGUUGGAGGAGGACCUCUUGGCGAAGGCCUUGACCCACUUUACCCUGGUGGAGCAUUCGACCCUCUAGGAUUGGCAGAUGAUCCUGAUGCAUUCGCAGAGUUGAAGGUGAAGGAGAUCAAGAAUGGAAGGCUUGCAAUGUUCUCCAUGUUCGGAUUCUUUGUUCAGGCCAUUGUCACUGGAAAGGGCCCUAUCGAGAACCUCUUCGACCACCUUGCCGACCCCGUAGCCAACAAUGCUUGGGCUUACGCCACUAACUUUGUCCCUGGAAAAUGAUUUUGCAUUGAGGGCUUGCUGAAGUGUGAAAGAUCUUGGUUUCCUCGAACUUGUUGUGUCAGGGCCUCAUUAGAACUGAUGUAAUUUUACUGUUCGGAAGAUGCUUGAGACAAUGUAUUACCAGACUUUCAGCUCCAUUGUGCUCCAAGCAAAAUAUACUUUGGACUGAUUGUCUUGUUUAA